UUAAAUCAAACACAACUUUCAGAUUUUAUCGAAAGUACAAAAUUGACACCAGAACGUAUUAAAGAUAUAAACAGAGCAUUGGUGAAAGCUUUUGUUGUUUGUGAAAUCCUAUUUCACAUUAUUGAGAACCCGUUUUUUAUUGAAUUAUUAAAAACAUUACGUCCGGCGUAUGAACCUCCGUCUAAAGAUGUCCUUUCUGGUCGUUACUUGGCACAAGAAACAUCGUUUGCUAAUCAAGCGGUUAUUAAGAAAUUAAAUAGUUCAAAAAAUCUAACUAUAG